UCGCGCGGAAAACUUAGCUCAGGAACAAAUUCUUGAGAAACAAACAUAUCGUUUGAACUUUGAAGCGGGAGCCGAUUCUGAUUCUUUCUCCUUGGCAUCUUUUUAGAGACUUUUGACGAACAGUUGGUAGGCGAUUGGAGAAAACGAUGAGAAUAAAGACUUGUCGAGGCAGGAGUCGGCUAUCACAGACGCCUACUCGUCGUUCUCAUAGAUCUUCCUCCGGUACUGCUCGGGCAUUGCCUGUACUCCUUAGGCAGGAUGAUGAAUUUGAAAAUCAUGAACAAUCGGAUAGGACGCGGAAAAUUGUCCCAGAAACCUUGAGUGAUAGUAAUGAUAAUGGCGAUGAUGUUGGUGCAACGGUUCAAAAAGAAGUUGAUUUGAAUGCUCAUAUUGGGAAUAAUAAUGAUCGUCAAGAUAGCAUAGAGGAAGGGAAUUGUAUAAGAUGCAAAGGGAUAGAUGAACAAGUUUUAGUUUGUAGUGGAAUAGGUUGCUUAAUUUGGGUUCAUGAGAAGUGCAUGGGCUGCAAUCCUUGGUUCGAUGAUUUGGGGAAGUUCUACUGCCCGUUUUGCAAACAAAAGCGGGUUCUUGCGCGUGUUCGGGAGAUGAGGAGGAAAGUUAAAGAUGCAAAAAAAGCCUUGUUGACUUUCCUUGAGGGUAGCAAAGUUGGUGGGAACAAAGGCAAGGAGAAACAAAGCAGGGGAGAUGAUAGGAAUGAGACAUGUAACGUGCCGAGUGUAGGGGAUGGUAUUUGCCAGGACGUUAGAGUCAAGAACCAAUUUGCGGAUGUGGAGAAGGAAGAUGAACAUAAGGGAAUGGAAAACGUAGAACCGGGAUGCGUUGAUCAAGAUACGAUUGUGCUUGAAAAUGAGGUGGUUCAGCCAAAUACUUCUGUAGUCAAUAUUGAUGAUGAUGCAAGUUUUAGAAAGGAAGUGUCGGGUGAAGUGUGUUUAUCUGAAUUGCGUGGGCAUGAAACUCCAGAAGAUGGGCAAGAGGAGGAUUUAGGACUGAUGGAUGACAGUGAGGAUGAGAGAAUUGGUAAAGAUAAAGAGGAUGAUUUGGGGGAGAGAAAUGCAGAUGGUGCUUUUAAAGUUUCAAAUAAAGGAGCCAAUGUAAGGGUAUCCAAGAAUAAUCAAGGUAUAGGAGGCGACGGAGAACAAAUGGAACCAGAAACAUUGGAAAGCCCUGCAAAUUCUAAUGCCAUACCGGAAACAGAUUCUUUUUCCAAGUGUCACGGGCGUUUCAAACGUAGAGCUGGGAGGACAACACGCGUUCAAAAUGUUAGUCCAUCUAUAAGAUCCUCCCCUCAAUUGAAGAAGGCAUUCGUGCGACAAAAAGCCUCUGCAAAGAAAAAUGUUUCAUUGUUUUAUGAGAAAGCAACUACCUCCACGAAGAUCCGAGAAUCUGCAAAGCAACACAUAACUGUGAAUAACCCCGUGGCAAGGCGGACAAGAUUACAUUGGACAGCAGACGAGGAGCACAUGUUAAGGGAAGGCAUUAAAGACUUCUGCCCAAACACAAACGUAAAGAUUCCUUGGAUGAAAAUUUUGGAGUAUGGUCGUCAUGUAUUUCAUGAGACCCGUUCUCCGAGUGAUCUCAAGAACAAAUGGAGAAACAUGGUGGACAAAGAGGGUGCGAGUUAACAGGUGAUGAACUUAAAUGCAUGGGUCUUAAGAGGAUAAAAUCAUUCAGGAUCAAGAACUACUAGCUACCCAGCUCUUGGUUUGGUUAUGCACUCGAGCAUAGAUCCAUUCUUGUACGAAUGCAGAUGUGUACUAUUAGGAGCAUUCUUCUGCAACUCUGCCUAGCUAUUAGGAGGUAAGAUCCUAGACACCGGAUAUAUCAAUCUUAGUAACGGGGUAAGUACCUGUUAAAAGAUUCACCAUUUCCCUCGGGGUUCAGGGAGAAGCAAGUAUCUGUCAUAAAGGGAAGCCUGCCAUGAUUCAUUCUAAAGGCCGAAGUUGACAUUAGCAUUUAGCACCACUGUUAGUUAUUACCCCUGAGAAUGUUUUUGAAAUUUUCACCAUUCAUUAUAAUCCAACAGAUUUUUGGCUAGUUUGGUUUGCAGGUUUGAAGAGAAAGUUUCGGAAUUUUAAGUUUUUAAGAGAAAACAUCUACCUAUAU